AUUCAUGUUUCACGGUUUCACUCCUCCUCGACACUGACCCUGAGCUUUGAACAUCGAGCGCUGACGAUCCAUCGGUGUGUUGCAUCAAGAACAGGCCAGGAAGCAAACCAACAUGGAUGCUGUGCGCUAUAGAGCCGCGCUCCUGCUGCUGCUGCUGCUCCUCCUCCUCCUCCUGCUGCUGCUGCUGAUGAUGAUGAUGAUGUUUGAACACAGAUUAUGCUUCUAGCAUCGUCUAAUCUCUCAUGAAGUCAUUUUAUAAAGGAAUGCGGUUUGUAACACGCAGUUUAAUACGCUUUACUUCACACAGAGCAGAGGCCAUUCAUUUGUGUCAGGAUGAUGAUGAUGAUGAUGAUGACACCCAUUUGGAUUCUCAGGAAUAUGGCUUCAUUUGUUCCUCUUUUUUUCUUUGUUAAAAUUGCAGCAUCAAUGCAAUAAACCUCCUGACUGUAAGGAUGUCAGUGACUGAUUUACCUCCAGCAGCAGAGGCAGCCUGAGCUCCUGCCAAGAUACAGCCAAACGUACUGUAGAAUCAUGCAGGACAAUGUAUAUCAUUUGUUCUGAGAAAAAAAGAUUACUGCAAAAAAAAGUAAAUCCUGCAUUUAGACGCCUCAUGUCGUCAUUGACUUAUCUUUAUAUUUCACACAGAGCUGGGUGUUUCCUUCCGUGUGCACAGGCACAGGACAGCUGUGUGUCACAGAAGCAGCAUUGGACCAGCUGUUGCCUGCAGUCGAGAGGAUUCAAUCACACAGGCUUCGCUGUCAUUGAAGGCCUGCUAUUUCAUUGAGGUUACAUUGUGUAACAUGACAUGUGUUUCUCUGUUUCUGUGGAGGAAGAUAAGGCACCAUGGCUGAGCACCAGAGGCAGCGCAGUCUGUCCACCGCUGGUGAGUCCCUUUACCACGUGUUGGGAGUUGAGAAGGUGGCCACAACGGAUGACAUCAAGAGAUCUUACAGGAAGCUGGCAUUGAAGUUCCACCCUGACAAGAAUCCUGACAAUCCAGAAGCGGCGGAUAAAUUCAAGGAGAUUAACAAUGCCCACGCCAUUCUGAACGACCCCACAAAGCGAAAUAUUUACGAUAAAUAUGGCUCUCUGGGGCUGUACGUUGCCGAGCAGUUUGGAGAAGAGAAUGUGAACACUUACUUUGUCCUCUCAAGCUGGUGGGCAAAGGCUCUGUUUGUAUUCUGUGGCCUGGCUACUGGCUGCUACUUCUGUUGCUGCCUGUGCUGCUGCUGUAACUGCUGCUGUGGAAAGUGUAAACCACGGCCUCGGGAGGGACAGGACCAGGAGUUUUAUGUGUCCCCAGAGGACCUGGAGGCUCAGCUGCAGUCUGAUGAGCGAGAGGCUGGUGGUGACCCCAUUGUGCUGCAACCGUCAGCAACAGAGACGACCCAGUUAACAUCGGAUGGGCACUACUCCUACCACACUGACACCGGCUUCAACUAAGCGUCUGUCCUCAUCAGUCCUGGCCUGUGGUCCUGCCUGCUUUCCCUGCUCCACCACAGUGAGACAAAAGAAAGGGGCAAAUCCAUCUUUCCACUUCAGAAAAAGGAGCCAUGUAGAGGAGAGGGACUAAUAAGCAUGGCCCAUGAAAGGAACUAAUGAAGUCACAUCCCUUACACUACUCCCUGAUUGGUUCCCUUAACUUAUUUACCCCCCCUCCCCCCCGCGCGCUAUGAUAAGAAUAAAGAAACAACCAAAUUGUUUCUUUUAUAAUUUCUUCUUUUGUAUUUCUUGGCCUUGAACCACACAGGUCACCCGCCCCACUUUCUCUCUCUCUCUCUCCCGUACCUUGCAUCACGGUGUAGCAUGCACUGUUUGUAAAACAUGGUCUCCAAAUGUCCAUUCAUCGUUUGCGACAGUUUUACUUUGCAAAGCUCAUAACGUAGGUUCAUACAUACUGUGCAAUAUGUUCAUGUGAGUACAGAUCACGUGGAGGAGGCAGUAACGUUUAUGUGAUGUUUUACAGUAAAAGGAAAGGAGAGCCAUGGUUCAGGGAGCUGCUGGUCGGAGUGACGUGUUUGUUGUUGGGUUAAGUGGUGUCGUCAUUUAACCGUCAGAAACAGAGUUGUCAUCUAUUAUUACAAAUCUUCAUCUCUGAUUUACAGUGAGUGAUGUUUUCCUUAAGAUGAAAAUGCCUCCUGCCAUCGUCAGAACCCCCAGUUUGUCUUUGUUUAUUCUUCGUUUGCUUCUCCCUUCUCUUGUGAACCGUGAGGUUUUUAAGGCACAGAGCUUUAUUUGCGGACAUUAUUAGUGUUGCUGACAGAGCACUUAUACUUUUAUUAUUCAUCAGUAUUGGUGUCUCUGUCACAGGCCACACAGCUUUAUCUCCGCCCGUCCUUGCAGGAUAUUUCUAUCAUUAAACUUUUCUAUUGAUUCAUAAUUAAUUUAUUAUUGUUUAUUGUUUAAUUGUUAUAUCGUCCGUUACGUGUGAUUUGAAAAUGUUGCCAUUGGAUUCAUAAUUUAUGAGCUUUUAAAUGCAUCUCAUACAAAAUAUUGACAAUGGACAUUUUAAUUUAUUUAUUUUUUCUCAGUCGUUUGGAAUCAUAUGCUGAGCUGGUGCUGCCUUUUCUUUUUACAUCAUUUUUUUUUGUUUCUAAUAAUGGCAACACUGUUUUUGGAGACGUUACAAUUCACUGAGAAGGACUGACAUUCAUUUCAUCUAAUCAUUUGCAAUUAUUGUAUUUACUCACAGAAUUUAGUUUAAUGUGAAGGAGCCUACUUUAAUCCAGCUGAUCGAUCGGAGCUGUUAAUAGUCAGAAGUAACAGAUCUGUGUCAGCAGCAGACCUGCAUUAGUGAGGGUGAUGUGGUUUUACUCGGAGCUGUCGGGAAAAUAUUAUAUACGUAGUUAAUGUGAUGAUGUGUGAGGGGAGGAAAAAAAGAUGAUGCAGAGUUAUUUUGAGAAAUAAAGACUAUAGAAUAUUCAUAUUGGGAGAUUUUGGGUGGGGAAAAAUAUUUACGUGAACUAAAGUCUGACUGGUGACUGACGUUUUGUCAGAUGCUGUGAUGUUUAUUGAUAGUUGUUUUUUUUCAACCACGCUUUCAGCAGCUCUGAGUGAUACCACUGUUACAUACUAUAGUACAGUACGUUUGCAACUUUCCCCAAAUAUCCAUUAGCAUCUUUUGUCAGUGUCAUCACUGCUAACAAUGUGUUUUAAUGGUUUACAGUUGAUGAGGUCCAGUUACCCACCCCCACCCCCCACCCACUAUUAACAGUAUGGAUGUUGACCUCUGUGGCCCUUGUAUGAUGUUUCGUGUAACCCUUGAUGAAACAUAGAUGUUCCCGUCAUGGCUUUUUCAUUGAAAUACUGAAAAAUGCUCCUGUACAUGUUUGAAGUUGAAUGCACUGUGUGUUAAAAAAAAAGAGAAGAAAAAUAAUAUGGAUCAACGAUCAGGAAAUGACUCCAUAAAAAGACAAGAUAGUAUAAAGUGUAAUUAUAGUGAAAUGGUUAUAUAAUGCAUUGAUUUGGAUUUCAUUCUUUUCAUACUUUUCAUGUCUCAAAUAAUGAUUGGCUUUAAUUUUUACUGGUAUGGUGUUGUAAAGUAACCAUUACAUUUUUGCAAGGGAUGGUUCAAUGGUUGAGGUCGCUCGUACAGUACGUCCAUUCGGCCCAUAUAAAGUAUAAACCUUAACGUUUAUGUUGUAGCAUGGUAACUGUGUGUCUGGAAGAAAACAAGUGGAUCAUUGAUCUGAUUUGCUGUUGUUGAAUAAAUGUUCAUGAACAUUU